AUGGACGUCUUACUCGAUGUUCUCGACACUUUUGUGUUUGAUCGUUUCUAUGCUUCAUUUGUCCCAGACAACUUCGUAGGGAUUGGAAAUUCCACAUUGUUUGAGCGGGACCCCAAUCUCAAUCGACAUGUCCGGGUAUAUUACCCCUUGGAACCAUCUCAAUGGGCCGAGUCGAGCUUUUGGAAGCGUGAUGAUCUUCCCAGACAAGCAUUCUCUUUAUUUUUGAUUGCAUGGGUCUUUGCGAUGAUCAUGUAUCUCCUGGGGAGCUUUGUUCUCUACCACACAAUAUUCGACAAACGACUGGUGGAACACCCGAGAUUUCUUCCGAAGCAACUACAACUCGAACUUAAACAAGGAAUUUCAGCAAUUCCGGUCAUUUCAGUUCUCACGGUUCCUUUUUUCCUGGCGGAGAUUCGUGGCUGGUCCAAACUAUACGACUUUUCCAGCGAGGCUCCAUUCUGGGCAUACACCUAUUUGCAGUACCCGUUGUUCAUUCUUUUCACUGACAGCGGAAUCUAUUGGAUUCACCGUGGAUUGCAUCACCCCAGUGUUUAUCGCUGGUUGCACAAGCCGCACCAUAAAUGGGCUGUGCCGACGCCUUUUGCUAGCUAUGCCUUCCAUCCAUUAGAUGGCUGGUCGCAAAGUCUUCCCUAUCACAUUUUCCCAUUGGUCUUCCCGCUCCAAAAGACUGCCUAUCUAGGCCUUUUCGCAUUUGUCACGAUGUGGACUGUCCUCAUCCACGACGCCGAAUACAUGGCAAGCUCGGUUAUUAUCAACGGAGCAUCAUGUCACACAAUGCACCAUCUAUACUUCAACUACAAUUAUGGUCAAUUUUUGACUUUCUGGGAUCGGCUUGGAGGGACAUAUCGCACUCCAAAGGGCGAUAGUUUCAUGGAGAAGAAUGAUGAGGCUACGCUCGCGGCGAAGAAACAAAAGUAA